CGUACGAAGUACAGUACAGUUGUAGGCCCUGUUGAUAGAACUUCACCGUCGAAGAUAUUUUUUCAUAGAAGCACAAUUCUGUACCGUAGUUGCAUAACGGUACAUCAAGAGCAAAGAGUAUUCAUAUCAAAAGUGAUACUGUACUGCACGGCAACAGCGAGGUGUCACAGAACCUCUGCAGGCGUGUUCUUGAAAGCAUCCUUUCCGAAUUUGAUUUUGAACCCCUCAGAAAGGGGAGAGACGAGACGGCCUUCGUAGCCGUCGACAUCAGCAAAGUCCAUGAAGCAAAGCCAUGAACAACAAAGAGGACAACGAGAUUGAAACCAUCGAGGUUGUGUCGUCUUCCGCACAAUCGGAUAACAGACUAGAGACAGCUGCGGCGACAGUUGGCUUUGACGACUCGUUUGCUUCUAAAGAGAAGGACAUCGCCAAAUCAGAAACCGGCACGACGACUGUAAAUUCCACCAGCGAAAUCAAGCGCGCAAGAUUCGACGAGGGGAGAAACGAGCUUUUUGAAAGCGAAGACACAAAGUGCAAAGGCGAAGACGAAGACGAUGAUACAAACGAGGCGUACGAUGAACAAGACGACAACGGCGAUAAUUUUACCGAAAUACCCGCUCCCUGUGCCAGUGCCUUUAUGGAUUGGUACAUCAACAGCAAACCGCCGCAUCUGGACGAUCCGCUUCCGGAUUGCAACGACCCCGACGAUAUUGAAUCGUCCGGAGGAAUGAUACAGCAGUCCGUUUAUAACAGUGGAGGAGCAGCCCCGGAAUCCGUGGCCGCCAUCCGAACGUUCGUGGGGCCCUUCAAUGAUUCUUUGGCCGUCAAGUUCCGCAGACGAAGAGAUCGCCAUAGCGAGAUGUGGCGCGGGCACGUCAAGUCUUAUGGCUCUACUAGCUAUAAGAAAUUAGACUCGCCUGUUUGUAAGUGAUGAGGGAGAAAAAGAAAAGAAAAACCGAGGUUGUCGAUUAUGCACAUGGCCAUUCGUCUGUGACAAUGCUCCGUGGCUCGCGGUGUUCUAACGUGUGUUGCUCAAUUUUUCAUUUGCUCUCUAUGCCCUCAGACCAGCAUUACAGCUACCAGCUUGCGAAUCGCUACAAGGAAGAGAGACAGCAACACGAGGAACAUCUAGAGGAAAUGAGGCGCCGGUCGACAAUCGUGUUACCAGCACCACCCCAGAAGAAACGAAUCUUCGCGGGAUUGGCCCGCUGGCUAGUGGCCUGCCCAUCGGCACGGUCCAAGACAAAAAACAAUCCCAUCGGAACCUACCAGCAGGAAGUUCGAUAUUGGACCAGGUUGAUUCUCAUCUUGUUGGGUCUGAUUAUUUCGGCCGUAAUUUUCAUCAUCAAAAAAUUAUCCGACUUUUUGCUAGAGACCAAGCUGAAACUCGUUACAGAUCCGGUCCUGUUCGGAAACACGACCGCGCACGACGAAUCCUUGCUCACCACAGUAGCCAAUGCGGGUAAAAAACCACUCCCCGUGAUGGGAUACUUUGGAUGGAAGGCCUUUGCAUCCUUUCUAGGGUUCAAUCUGUUCUUUGUAACAAUUGCUUUUAUGCCUGUGACCUACCGCCCAUUGAGCGGUGGAAGCGGAAUCGCCGAGGCGAAAGCGACAUUGAAUGGUACGUAUUCUGUAAAGCAGGGGGAUUCAAACCACUUUUGCUGGGAGCUUUUUCACGGAUCCAUAUCUAACAAUGUUCUUUGUCAACUUGGACCGACUAAUCCCGCAGGAAUCAUUUUGCCUACCUGUACCGACCUAUUGACGGCCUUGUGCAAGGCAGUUAGUGUAAUUUGUGCCGGUGCAGCCUCGCUUCCGAUCGGAUUGGAGGGUCCGCUGAUUUUUAUCGGUCUAGCGAUCGGACACAACGCCGAGAGAUUCGUUCCGGAAUCCUAUCCGGUUCUCAAACUAGACAAUUGGAAGCGAGACUUUGCUGCGGUGGGAUGCGCGUGUGGUGUGGCGGGCGCCUUUCUCACUCCCAUUGGGGGUGUUCUCUUUGCCAUGGAAGAAGGAGCAAGUUUUUGGUCACCCUUGCUGGCAUGGAGGUCAUUUGCAGCGGCUUGUGUGACAACCAUUGCUCUGUACCUCUAUAUAUGGGUUUGGGAUAUUUGCGAGGACGAAUAUGAUGGUGUGCACUACGAUUCGUUCUUCGACAUCCAUACCCUUGCUAUUUAUUCUGGUCUAGAAGGCCAACGGCAAUUGCCACCCAAUGGAGUGGCGACGACUAGUCAAGAGGUUGUCGGCAACCAACUCUACUUUCGAAGCGUACCAGCCUUUCGUGUUUGGGAUUUUUUCUUCUUUGCCAUCAUAGGAAUUGUGGGAGGUAUUGUAGGAGCACUAUGGAUCGAAGGAAACUACAAUAUAGCCCAAUGGCGUCGAAAGCUCGGGUGGGGCAGAAAAGGGAAAUUUCUUGAAAUCAUGGGGCUUACCAUUUUGGCCUCUUGCGUGUUUUGGUUCCUUCCAUUGCUCUAUACAAAAUGCAAUGCAGCGAGCCAAACCGACGUAGAAGAUAGGGCAAUACUCAGACAGUUGAAUUGUCCCGAUGGAUACUAUAACCAGCUCGGAACACUGUUGUUGAAUGGCCCGGGGCCUGUUGGCUUGAACCUUCUCUAUUGGGAACCGGCGCACAACUGGGACCCGGUGGUCCUUAUCCUUGCGGGAUUUUCUUAUCACGUUGUCCUCUUGCUUCUGUUCGGCUCUAGCAUCUCAAUGGGCGUAUUCAUUCCCUUUCUGUACAUCGGAGCGUGCUACGGGCGAGCAUUCGCCAUUUGGGGCCUGGCCGAUGUGGGAAUCGACAACGUCGAGCGCGAUCCGAUUGUUUCCACGUACACCAUGGUCUGCUCGGUUGCCAUGCUAGCUGGGGUGGCUCGUGUUCUGAUUUCCAUCACGGUCAUCAUGGUGUGUUCGGUGGGCACGACAUACAUGAUCACGCCAUUCAUGGUUGCCUCACUCUUUGCCAAGGUGGUCGGGAAGGCCUUUCUCGGACGCCCGGGUGUGUACGACGUCAUACUCGAAAUGAAGGUAAGUCCAUUGCACGCGCACCAACUCCACGGGCACGAAAAAGAAAAGCUCCAAACACCAAACACAUUAUGCUCCCGUUUCUCACCAUUUUGUCCAUCUCUGUGCACGCCUUUCUCCUUAGGGCAUUCCGUUUCUGGAAGCCGAGUGUCCCAACAGCAUGAUCAUGCGGGGCCUGUGCGCUCAGGACAUCAUGUCCCGUGCCCCCCUCAUCACCCUCGAGCCCGAGCAACCCGUAGGACAGCUCCUCGAGUACCUCGAAAAGUAUCCCUACGUCGUGGAUUAUCCCGUGGUCGACCCGAACUCCAACGGGGUCUUUCUGGGCAUCAUCCAGCGCUGCGAUCUCCUGGCGCUCCUGACCAAGCGGAGGCUGUUCUACGAUAAAUCAAAGGGAUCCACCGGCCACCGCAGGGCGGUGACGUUCGAAACCCUCGUCCGGGAAAAGGUCAAGAGGGUGCCCGUCGAUCUGGACGAUGUCAAGGCCAUCGUGACGCCCGGGGACCGCGCCCGAAAAUUCUUGAACGUGACACCCUACCUGGCGAUCGGCCACUACACGGUCAACCGCUUCGUGACCGUCCACCGGGCCUUUGAGCUCUUCCGAUCCCUCGGAUUGAGGAUCCUGGUGGUCACGGAUGCCUUUGGUAGGCCCAUGGGGGUCAUCACCCGAUUCGACCUGAAGCUGCUGGAAGAGGUUGGCAUCGACGAGGCGUACUACAAGAGCCGGCACGACAGCAUGGAAGGUUCAUAUUCAUAUUUGGACUGAGGGCGGCGAAGGGUCUGGACGCGCCAGGAGUUCGACCGGUUGCGUUGCUAUGCGCUACACUUAUGCUAUUAUUUUUGGUCGUUCUCGCAGCCUCUGUAUAAAUUAAUGUCAUUAGGGUGAACUGUGUGCGAUAAUUCUUCUGGCGAAAGCAGUGUGCACUCCAACAACGAUCUAUGAAAUCUCUUUGAUUGCCUGUUUGAACUUUCGUUUUGUUUUCUAUCGUUUGAAGUGUAUUGGGUGCAGUAUGGUUACCUCCAUAAAUCUGAAUUCUUCUGCGGCAUUCUUGUCUCACACCAUGCAUCAUACUAAUAAAAAAAUGCGUCACUGUGGUGGGUUAUUUAAGGAGGUGUGGUCCAGAACCAAAUGACACUACCAUACGUGUAGAAAAGUACUUGGUCCUGGUCCUACAGCGAUCCAAUAACUAAUAUUAUUUGAAGUGUCUUCGGGGGGUCCCGAAUGGUUGCCCCUGUAAUUUCUGAACUCUUCUCUCGUUACGGAAUAGCUUGCUCUAGUGCAAGCUUCUGUCUGUCGCCGAGGCAGGGCGCCGCAGCUUGGGCCGUGCUUCCUGUGUUCUAUCGUGCCUUGCUUUCGUCCGCCACCUUGCACACAAUCCUGGCCUUGCCGGCGGCCUCGGGGGAAGCCAGCACCAGCAACCCGUUUUCGUUUUCGCCGUCGCCGCCACCGGUCAAAUCGAUCGUUGCCAUUUGCUCCAGGUAGGUCCCGAGGUACCGUUCCAGGGCCUGGCGCUCCUUGUCCCGGGGCAUCAUCCGGGUGCUCAUCACGGGGCCGACGCGGAUGCUUCUGCAGCUUUCGGCGUCGCCGCCGCAGCCCAGGAACUCGACGGUCGCGCCCAUGGCGUUGGAAACCUUGACGCUCAGGUGCAGAAGGUUGGGGUUGGGGGGGCCGCGUUUUAUGGGCGAGAGAGUGAGCUCAAACGGGCCGCGGCCUUGCGGGAGCGGCAGGGGGGUUCCGGUUUCGUCAAUGAUUUCCUCCAGGUGGUAAACCCCGGCGUAAUCGUCGGGGCGUUUUGUUGCGGCUGCGGCCAUGGCAGCGCGGUUUCCGGAGAGGGACGAAGAAACAAGGAUUCCGGCGGUGACUGCCACGGCGAAAAGACGACGGAAGAAAGAAAGUCCCGGCAUCGGUUGAUGGGAUUUGCUGGUCGCGGGGAGUGCGAAUCAGUCAAUCGUGCAAUUCGCUGGUCUCCUUUGUUCUAGGCUUCGUUUUGCUGGUGCCCUCGAUGCCCAAGCAGCUAAAUGUAGAAAAAGUUCAAUGGUGUUUCCUCCGAAUGGUCGCUGACAACAAUAGAUGCGGGGACCAGUU